CUCCGACACACGUUGUGCAUGCACUUAGUUUCCUACUAGGCGAAAAAUCAACUCGAAGUGGUAUGAACAAUCGUAUGGUACGACGUUCGAAUUCUACACUGUGCUCACCUUACGUUAAUCUAAAGACCUUGUAUUAUUUGCGGUAGACACCACAAGAAAUAGUAAACGUUAAUUCCUUGAGCAAAAUUCAAGGAGUUUGUAGGUUCGACAAAGUGUUCUGCUAUUACUGGUGCCAAAGACGUGGCGGCGCCUAGCGACCAAAUUCUCAACUCGUGCAUUUCCAAAACUCCUACUGAGAUUCAUCAGCUACGUGAAUUGUUUUCACGUAGUCAUGUCUUUCUUGCCAGAUAAAAAUGCCGAUUACGCAUCGUUGGCCUAUUGGAAUGAGCGUUACGGUACUGAAGAAUCAUUCGAAUGGUGUAAAAGCUAUGCUGCUUUCAAGGACCUUAUCCGAAAGGAUGUGCAACCCACCGACCGUAUUCUGAUGCUGGGGUGCGGUAAUAGCAGUUUGAGCGAGGACAUGUAUCGAGACGGAUUUCACAGAAUUACCAAUGUCGAUUACUCGAGUGUGGUUGUCGAGAAUAUGAAGAAUCGAUCAGCUGAGGCUCGAUCAAUGCAGUGGCUUGUUAUGGAUAUCAAGGACCUGAAAUUCGAAAGCGGCAGCUUUGACGUUGUGAUAGAAAAGGCCACACUCGACGCUCUGUUGGUGGCAGAACGCGAUCCAUGGCGUUUGUCGGAGGAUAGCCGAAUUCUGAUGGAUGAGAUUCUCAUUCAGGUGAGCAACGUACUGAGCAGCAACGGCCGUUUCAUCUCCAUCACAUUUGCCCAGCCCCAUUUUCGCAAACGUCUUUAUGCCCGUGAGCAAUACGGAUGGAACAUACGCACAGAGACCUUUGGCGAUGGAUUCCAUUUUUUCUUUUACGUCAUGACCAAAGGUGAGCGUCUAUCUGAGCACGAUGCCCAACUGCAGUCAACCUGGACAAAUCACAACCUGGAAAGCCAGUCGACUGUGACGAGAUUCCAAGAGGACAACAACGAUGACAGCUACCUCAACUCUAUUGAAAUGUAACGACAGACAAUACUAAUUCCACUUGACCGACUUUUUUUUUUCGUGCAAAAAAAAUAUUUUCUUUUGAUUCUCAUUCGUCACUCUCUCUCAGUCCUCCGCAAUCUGCAAUGAACGACCACAGCCUUGUUUAAAAGAUAAAUAGAACGUGACGCUAUUCGAGUUA